AUGUCGCAAGCAAGUCAGAAGACCCCGGUAAAUCUAACUGAAGCUUACCCUGUGACAAACUUGACUUUAGUUGUCCUUCUGCUCAUUCCCUGCGUGGUCGCGCUUCUUCUGCUCAACUGCCUUUUCCUGAUGUACAAGAUACUGAUCCUGUCAAAGAGGAAGAGAAGACAGGAGCGAGGAGACACGGAAGAGAUGCGCCUGCGGUCCACGCUGUCCAGGAUCGGGCCAGAAUCGGCCUUUUCCCCGCGGCAGGACGGGGGGAGGGCGUACAUGUCCAUGUCGGAGCCGGUGCUCACCCACCCGGUCACCUCCUCCAGAGCCUCCUCCAGGGACAGGGCCGAGGUGAAUCACAGGAUCAGGCACCUGAGGCCCGAUGGUGCCACCGGCUCGGGGUCUCUGAGGGCGCCGAGCACCAUCCGGGCCGCCUCCUCCAGUGCCGGCUUCACCCCCAGACUGCAGCCCCCCCCUCGCGCUCGGACCUGCAGCACCGGUCCGGCGGGCUGGUGCACAAGUGCGCCUCUUUUACUGCAGUCCAGUGAUUCCGAGGCUGAGACCAGAAUACAUCUGGUUCCUCCAAACUCUCCCAUGCAGGACACUGAAUCUGCAGCCCGUAUUCGUCGGAGCCAUGCUUAUGAGAUGCUGACUGAAGUGGACCCAGGUGUUGCUGUGCAUCCCUUCGACAAAGUGGUCAUGGACUGUGUGUCCGUAAACCAACCUUCAGAUGCCUCCUGCCCGAACACAUCUGCUGGGGGUCCUGGGCUGGAUAGCGACUUUGGAGCUAGUGCAGGUGUCUCUCUGCGAAUUCUGUCGGCGGACAGUGACGGUCUGUCCAACAGUGUGCUAACUUCAGUUUUGGAGUGGGAUUAUUAUGACCCCUGCUACGUCAAACAGAAUAACAUACCCAAACAUAAGCAUCCCGUUGUCCCUGCGGUCCACACAAAACAGUACUGGGUAUAA